AUGCAAGACUACAAAUUAGUUGUUUUAGGAGCUGGAGGUGUUGGAAAGUCUUCACUAACGGUUCAAUUUGUUCAAGGAGUUUACAUCGAAUCUUACGAUCCCACCAUAGAGGACUCUUACACAAAGGAUAUUGAGGUUGAUGGCCGAGCUUGUAAUCUAGAGAUAUUAGACACCGCAGGUGUGGCCCAGUUCACGGCAAUGAGAGAACUGUAUAUUAAGUCAGGACAGGGGUUUAUUUUGGUUUACUCGGUCACCGACAAAAGCUCUCUGGAAGAGCUCAUGGCAAUACGCGAACAAGUCAUGCGCAUCAAGGAAUCGUCUAAUGUUCCCAUGGUUCUUGUGGGGAAUAAGUGCGAUCUCACGAAUGAGCGGGAAGUCACACCCGAAGAUGGAAUCGAGGUGUCCAAGAAAUGGAAUAGAACGCCGUUUUAUGAGGCCUCAGCAAUGUACAAAAUGAAUGUAGAAGACGCAUUCAUUGAUGUUGUGCGGCAAAUAAUCAGAAAGGAAGUCCAAGCGUCGAGUGGAACAUCAGGAUCUGGUUCUCGUCAGAAAGAAGACGUGCCUUCACCCGUUUCAGCUCGAAAGCCAUCUGAGGGUAAGAAAAAGCCUACGCCGGCCGCCGCUAAGCCAACACCAGCUGCUGAUGCCAAAAAGAAGAAGAAAAGAAGGUGUGUAAUUUUGUAA